AUGACAACUGCCAAAUUAUCUAGCCGUUUUAUUGAUGUUUUUUGUUUUUUUGUGCAGGCUCGUGUCAGAACUAAGACAGUCAAGAAGGCUGCCCGAGUUAUUAUUGAGAAAUACUACACGAAGUUGACCCUCGACUUCCACACAAACAAAAGAGUAUGUGAGGAAAUAGCUAUUUUGCCAAGCAAGAAGCUCAGGAACAAAGUAGCAGGGUUUGUCACCCAUUUGAUGAAGCGUAUCCAGGCCGGUCCAGUCCGAGGCAUCUCCAUCAAACUGCAGGAGGAGGAAAGGGAGAGGAGGGAUAACUAUGUCCCAGAGGUUUCUCUCUUGGAACAACACGAUGUUAUUGAAGUGGAUCCCGAUACAAAGGACAUGUUGAAGUCAUUGGACUUUGGAAACAUCCCGGGCCUGCAGGUAACACAGCCAAUCACAGCCCAGGGAGGAUUCAGACCUCCAGGUGCUGGUGGACCGCGCAUGUAAUUCACUACAUCAUUAAGUUAUGUAAUAAAUUUGAGAGGGGUAUACAUACA